GCCACACAGUUUCCUUCAUCGACUACUAGAGUAUAGAAGAGCGGCCGCCAGUCAGUCAAAAGAUUUCGGUUUUCUUCUUGUUCAACUUCGUCGUCCAUCAACAUCGGCUGGCUGAUGGUUGAGGUCGUUCUUUUUUUUUCUUAUAUUCGACGAAAAAUAUACGCGGACCGUUCGGGUGAGAAGAGCGUUGAAAAGUGUGUAAAAUCAUCCAGGGAUCGGAUCGGAGGGAAAAUACGAUUCUUUUGGAACAUUAGCGGAUCUGGUGGUGGAUUGCGUGUGGAAUAAUGGUGGCGAUUUGACGAUCGCUGAAAGUGCGUACGGUACGGGUUCCGGAAUCCAAUCUCAAUCCCGAUAUUUAGCUGGUGGAAUUUUUGAGGUGUGAAAUAAUAACACAUCGGGAGGCUGUGCCUGCUGUAAAUGUGUAGUUUUGCGUGUGUGACAAAUAUAAGUGUAGUUCCGGACGAUGAGAAAAGCUAGAAAAGCGAAAAGUAUUGUGGAAAGUCUUGACGCAAUAACACACGUUGAAGAUCCCCCACUCGGCAACGAGUCGACGAAGAAGAAGAAAAUGGUGCUACGGUAGUGUUGGUGUGUGUAUUAGUAGAAAGAUAUAAAUUUUGCAUCGGGCAGCUACAGAAGUGAUAAGAAUGUGUGAAUGUUUGAAAACAACUAGUGAUCACAACUGGUUCUAUGGAUUGUACGAAAAAGAUAAUGCACCAGAACGUCCAAGCGCAGAACUAAGAUAAAAACUUACCGCAAAUCAUCAGUUGCGCUUUCCUUGGAACACACACGUCGGACAGACGCCGAACAAGUUUCCUUCAGAAGAAACCGCAAACCUUCCGUCCAAUCUACAUCAAUAUCGGACGGGCAGCGUGUGUUCCUGAAAGCAAAUUUUCGACGAUAAUCAAAUUGUCGAAGCAAGAAAAAAAACUAUAAUUGCCUGCUAACGAAUCCACACGUCUUCCGCACGUUACAAUUGCGUUGUUAUAUGAGGUGGCAAGCGAAACCGCAAGUUUUUCCUCGAUGAGUCAGUAUUCUUCACACAAAUUUGAUGACGUUACGUGCAGCGGACCGAGACCACCAGUGCCAGGAGAGGAAAGCCGCCGGAAGGUGAGCUCCAGCGAAUGGUCCAAGUUUGAAGCGCACUCGAUCCGAUCCGGUUCCUCGUCGUCCUUCCAGAUGACCGACAGCCUCCAUCGGGACAAGUCGCGCGAUUCUCCGCCGGCCUAUUACCGAUGGGCGGACAAGCUUACAAACCUGCUUGAAGAUGCGGACGGAGCGGAGUUGUUCAAGCGCUUCGUUGAACUCGAAGGUGAAGAGCACUCGAGCAGGCUCAAGUUCUACUUUGCCUGCGAGGGUCUCAAGCAACUCAGCGAUCCCGAAAAGGUGACACAAACGAUUGGUGCAAUAUACCGGCGGUUCCUGAAGCGGGUACCUCGGGAAUCGAAGCUGUACUGUAACGACCAGAUUCGGAACACGAUCAAGGCUGGACUGAAGAAUGAGAUGAUCCUCACGCCGGACAUCUUCGAUCAAAUGCAAGCGGACGUGGCAGCUAUCAUAAGUACUACGACCUACCCAAACUUCCUCCAGUCGGAUCUGUACAUACAGUAUGUUCAGAAUAUGCAAUUUGGCAGCGGCAGUGGUAGCGGUGGGGCCAGCUGUAUAAGUCUUCCAGCCGGUAUUCCAGCAGCCGGACCGAGUUCCGUUGCGGCGCCCGGUGCGCUCUCGUCCCUAACCAGCAGCAGUUCCACUUCGGAGCUGAUAUCGCAUAGUUCCUCCGCCUUGCCAACCCUGCAUGAAGACUCCGAACUAGUCAAUGCCGAUUCGAUCGAGCAGCUGUACGGUGCUACGGGGCCCGUUGUAGCGGCCAGUAACAUUUCGUUUACCUCCGGAGUGAGCGGCAGUGGUAGCAGUAGCGGUAGUAAUCUGGCGCCCGGUAACAAACCGGCCAUGACGCUGACCAAGGAUGCGCUGAUAGCGACGCAGAAGCGAAGGCUCGAAAUGAGGCCGCCAGGACCGCACGGAUUCUCCGUUUACACCAAGUAUGCAUCCUACAAUCCGGUCUCGCGUCGAGACUCGGAACUGGCCAGUCUCAGCUCGGGGCGGACCGAUUCCGAUAAGGUGUCCCUCCCGACUAGCACAUCCGCUGACGGACGACCUCACUCUCAGAGUAAGCAUCACUACCGGCAUCACACAUCGAUCGAGCGAAGACUGAUGAACGAAAAUGCCAUUGCCAAUGAGGAACCGGAUGCGUUUGCUAUCAUUCCUCGAACUCACCGGCAAUUUCAGAAACCUUUACCUCCGGACCAAUUUGUGUCUGUUCUCACCAGUAAGCUGAAGAUGGUCCAGCAGGAACGGGAGAACAAAGAACUGCUCAGUAAAAAGCUCCAAGAGAUUGAACAAUCCGACAAAUCGCAAAGCAAUAAAUUCUUCGCCGAUGCCAUCCGACAGAAGCUGCAAGUGGAAGACGACAGCGAUCAGGACAUCCUCGACAAGCACGUUUCGAGGGUGUGGUCAGACCUGACGCCCAGUCGAUCGCCCGGCACGAUGUCCCCUUGCCCGAACAUCAGCCGGGCAAGGCGACACGAGGUGGGCGGCUUCGGUGGUGGUUCAAUGAGCGCACAAUCUUCUAUGCGACACUCGAAAUCGAUGCCCGAGGGACACCCAAUGGGUUUGAUGGGGCCCCCGGCGCAACCUCGGAGACUCAACAACAAGUGGCCUUCAGUGUACACCGACAGCGGGAUCAGUUUACUCUCUACGGAUACGCUUACCAAGUCCAGCAAUGCGGACAUGCAAAGUGCUAGCACAAGCAGUUCUCGGCCCCUGUCGCGGACCAUGCAUGCCGAUAUGUCCCUCACGAAUACUGCCACCCUGCUACAGGAAUCCAGUCGGCGGUUGGAUGAUGAACCGCGGAGAUCCAAGCGGUAUCAGCAUCCGCUGCCGCCGCCCCCGUUGCCACCACCUGCCGCAUCGCUUCCCCUCGUGCCACCACCAAUACCUGCCAAACCGUCGAGCACCAGCGCCGCUUCCGAGUUCACCGUCGUCGUGUACUCGUUCUGCGACGAGGAGGUGCCCUACCGGAUAAAGAUCCCCGGAUCGCAGCCGCCGACGCUCAAACAGUUCAAGGACUACCUCCCGAAGAAGGGCAACUAUCGAUUUUUCUUCAAAACGCGGUGCGACGAUCUGGACAGCCCGGUGAUCCAAGAAGAGAUCAACAACGACGGUGAAAUGUUGCCCCUGUUUGAGGGCAAAGUGAUGGGAACGGUGAAACCGUUAGACUGAAUCCACAUCCACCAUAACCCUAGCUGGCACGCUAUGUCGAUCAACGUGGGAUCAACCGAACAACAAACUUCAAGGGAGUUUGUUCGCUGUUUGGUGCUGAACAGGAAACAUAUGACCACCUGCUGCAAUUUUCCGUCGAAACUUCCGUUAAUGCAAGCUUGUUUCUACUAAAUUUCUAACGAAACUGCCAAAAAUCUGUCGGCUUACAUCGUAACGUAUUUGCAGAUUAGCAGGCAACGUGAUUUCUUCGCGAACUGUAACAAUCUCUUAAUCUUACAUUUAGGAACAGAAAACGUAAUUUUGAUUUUGUUUUAUCAAAUCGAGAACUCUUAUUUUGGCAUUGCCAGACUUAGGGCAUCUUCGUCAAUGUUACAAAUGGCAAGUUUUAUAGGUUUUUGAAACUCGCCAUACAAUUUGUAACUGUGCUGAAGGUGGUCUUAAGUUCCAAAAGAAAAAAUUGUUAUACCUUAGAUUCAUUAUCUAUCAUUCAGCGGUGGCACCAAAAUCGCAACUUUAAAAGUGCCUUUUACAAAACGUGCGAACACGACUUAACAUAUUAACCAUGUGUUAACUCGUGUCCGGGAAAUAACGAAAGUGUUCACAAAUGUAGAACGAUAAAGAGGAAUGAAUAAUUGUAAAUAAGCUAGAAUUUCUCUCCCAAAAUAUGUUUGUUGCGACAUCAAUCGAACCUUUAUUCGAGCGAUUGCCAUACGGGAACAGAUUCAACAGAAAUAGCAAUAUUAGGAACACCGUUAGCGACAACACCUUAGAAGCGCGAAACGUCGGAGAGAAUUGAAGUCUUGACAGUAUUUUUUUCUGUAGUUUAGCUAUGUUAGAUAUUGUUUUAGGUGCCGAACGAAAAAAAAAACGUUUCAGUGUUGUUCUCCUCAAGACGAAAAUAGUGUAAACAUUUUAUUUAUUGAACCAACUAUUUCUUCCCAAUCAAAUAAGAAUAUAUUUGAAAUACGUCGACAAUUAUUGCUUUGUAGAAUUUGUGUACAGGAAAUAAUCUUGCCGUCUCUGGAGGCAAGAUGUUAGAUAUUUUAAUGCUUCCAACCAUCUUUCGUUUGUUUCACUUGCAAUUACCUAGAAUCGAUUAUAUAACUGAAAGUUUACAUUUAGCAACACAAUUUCGAAAUUACUGAUUUACGAAGACAACAAAAAAUCGAAACCCCAUAGCUGCAUAUGAAAUUCGAUCGCUAGGAUAAAACCCAUAUAUAUUUAUACAUGUAAAAAAAGAAAA